CUCCAAGCUAGCUUAAGAGCUUUGCGGCAGCAUUCAUUUAAUAUAAUAGCAGUCAGCGUUAAGGUGUAGCAUCUCUAAGUGUUGUGUGUGACGUUAAGUUGUGCCCAGUUCUCAAGUCAGGGCGUUUACUAAGAGCACGAGCUGCUGCUGUCAUUCCUUUUGCCUGUGCUCGUUCAAAGGUCUCUGCUGCUGGUGCUUCGGAUGUCCAGGUACAAACUCUUUCUGUUGCGCCAUGGGGAGGGGGCCUGGAACAAGGAGAACCGCUUCUGCAGCUGGGUUGACCAGAAACUGAGCGACGAUGGGGUGAAGGAGGCCCAUGACUGUGGCAAGCUGCUGAGAGAGCAGGGCUACAAGUUCGACAUAGUAUUCACCUCCAUCCUCAGCCGCUCCAUUCAGACAGCCUGGCUGGUGCUGGAGGCUAUGGGCCAGGAGUGGGUUCCCGUUGUUAAAUCCUGGAGACUUAAUGAGCGCCACUAUGGUGCCCUGAUUGGCUUGAACCGGGCAGAGAUGGCGUCAGUACAUGGAGAGGAAAAGGUGAAGUUGUGGAGAAGGAGCUAUGAUGUGACUCCACCUCCCAUUGAUGUAGAUCAUCCUUACUUUCGGGAAAUAUACAACGACCGCAGGUACAGCACUUGUGAUGUGCCAGUAGAAAACCUUCCCCGUGCAGAGAGUUUAAAAGAGGUGUUGGACAGGUUGCUGCCGUACUGGAACAACACCGUGGUCCCAGAGAUAAAGGAAGGCAGGACUGUACUCAUUUCAGCUCACGGUAACAGCUGCAGGGCCCUGCUGAAACAUCUGGAAGGUAUAUCGAAUGAGGACAUUGCCGGUGUGACUUUACCGACAGGGAUACCUGUGCUUCUUGAGCUGGAUGAAAACCUCAGGUCUGUAAAACCUCGGCAGCUGUUGGGGGACCAGGCAAAGAUUCAGGCGGCCAUUAAAAAGGUGGAGGACCAGGGAAAAGCCAAACCAUCAGUUUAACGGUACUAAACUGGCUGUAAAACCUUACUGUACAUCGCUGUGUCUGUUGCCUGGGUGCACUUUUUAUUUACAACACAAGACUCAACAUGUGUUUGUACUUCACUGUAUAACAAUAUGUUGUAGAAGAAUAGGUAUAUAACUUCCGACUGGCUCUAUGUGGCAGAGCAAAGGUCAGAUAAGUACUGUAAUUGUCAAAGCACUGUUUUGAAUUGUGAAGUGUAGUUAUGUAGCUAAUAUUUCAGCCUGUUGUGUUGUCUUAUGCUCUGAGAUAGUUAUUUAUUCAUUGACCCAACCCUGCUGAUUGGUAAAAAAUUGAUGAUAAGGAAAGUGUUUAAUGAUGAUCUAUUCAGAAAGAUCAAAAUUUUGCUCAUAGUUAAAAUAUUCUUGUCUGUUACAUGAACACUUAGGGAUUUUAACGUGCCUUCUUUAUUGCGACCUGUUUAAAAUCAGUUAUGAUUUAAAACCUCUUUAAAGUAAAAUGUCAAACUGAUCUUGCUGCUAGUGGUUUUCUGAUAGAUUUGACCUCAUUUAAAUUGAUAGCCAGACUGUUCAUUCCAAUGGGGUAAUUCUAAGCUAUGAAAGUGCUUUAAGUGCAGAACCACUAAAAAACCUCCUAACACCCCAGAUGUAAACACUGUGGCUAACAACCAUUGCUGAUACCGCUGGUAUAUGCUUGACACAAUUUUAGUGGAUGUUUACAUGUGUUCAUUUAUUAUAUGAUGCAGCAAAAAUGAAUAAUGCGUACAGUUAUUAGUAAUUAUAUGCAUUGACAACCACUCAUUAGUUUGGUUCAAAAUGGCAAAUAAUUAUCACAUGUGCAAUUUUGUGUUGUUCAUGCAUAAAGAGGAUUGAAUCUGCACAUUAUGUUGUGUAACAGCAGAAUCCUGUUAGUGGGUGUGAGAACAGGAUAUUUAUAUUUUUGUUUUGUUGCCUGUUUUCUGUAUUUUUGUUACUAUAAUUUUGUACACUGGUCGGUUAGAUUGUCAGGGCAAAAAGGACUAGUAAGAACAUGUGUAGUGGGUGGAAAACACUAACAUGUGUAUUUGUUAUUACUUCUAAGAUUAUAUGUAUUUCCUGCUGCCAUCACUCUAUUUGAGUGGAAUAAUUAAAUUCAAUAAAACAACAUUUUCCAAAACAA